GUGGUGUGGAGUGGCUUAUCGAUACCUAUGAGAUCGCCGUGCUUCUCCUCCCAUCUGGGCACGCUACACCACCCACCACACCUAAUCUCGAACACACGACGCCUCCAUCCCACAGUGAUAACACCACCUCGCCCUUCCACUUCAGCGUCACGGCCAAUGACAACUGCAGGACUGGUUUUGUCGUACUGCCAUCCCUCAAGCUCGCGGGGACACGUGAACCGUGCCUGCACUGCAUACGACAUACCUACACGACGUCGACCUGCCAAGCACCAGGAUGAAGCGGGACAGUCCAUCCCAUUGACCGCCCACCGAAGAGGAUGAAUCGCCGCUGUCUGCGGGGGGCGAUACGUGCACCACCGCUUGCGCUGCAGGUCCCUGGGAGGAGAGCACCAGCGGCGAGAGCGAGCUUGGCGACGCCGCCGCUGCGGUCCUACGCCUUCCAAGCUGCAGCGCCACCCGUCCACCAGGUCUUCAACCGCCGCACGAAAUGGCUGCAGAAGGAGCGCGCCGCCGCUGACGUCGAGAGCAGCCGAGUGGCCGACUAUCUGAAAGACGAAGUGGCCGUCCGCCUCUGCGACCGGUUGCUGGACAUAAAGCGCCGUUAUCAUAACGUCCUCGACCUCGGCGCCAAUGCCUGCAACCUCGCGCGCGCCCUGACCCGGGAGAACCCAGACCCGUCCCAGCCGGCUUCGGACCGGGUCUCGACUCGGAUUGACCACCUGUUAGCGGUCGACUCGUCCGAGACGCUACUGUAUCGGGACGCGGACCUCGACUUCAACAAGCACAUCAAUAUCACGAGGCAGGUCUUGGCAGACGAGGAGACGUUGCCUUUCGAGGCCAAUUCCUUCGACUUGGUGCUAAGCUCUCUGAGCAUGCACUGGAUCAACGACCUGCCGGGUGUCCUGGCCCAGAUCAACAACAUCCUGAAGCCCGACUGCGCCUUUAUGGGCGCCAUGCUCGGCGGCGACACGCUCUUCGAGCUCCGGACGUCGCUGCAGCUAGCCGAGCACGAGAGACAAGGCGGCAUAUCACCCCACGUGUCGCCGCUAGCCGACGUCCGAGACGUCGGCGGGCUGCUGCAGAGGGCGGGCUUCAAGAUGCUAACGGUCGACGUGGACGACAUCGUCGUCGACUAUCCGGACACGUUUGCCCUCAUGCAGGAUAUGCAGGCCAUGGGCGAGGGUAAUGCCGUCAUCGGUCGCGAGAUGGGCGGUAUCCGGCGGGACGUGCUCCUGGCCAACGACGCCAUCUACCGCGAGCUCCACGGGAACGACGACGGGUCCAUACCGGCGACAUUCCGCACGAUCUACAUGAUCGGGUGGAAGGAGUCGGGAGACCAGCCCCAGCCGCUCCCACGAGGCAGCGGCGAGAUGAAUCUAAAAGAUAUCUUAGAGAAACAACGAUAAUAGAAGCAUUACCGUGUUUGUUUCAUUUUCCUUUUCAUCAAUGCGUAUCUUCUUCGUACACAGAGCUUCUCACUCCCGAGCAAAGUAGCGUCUCUCAUUUCGGACAUACAAAUAAGGGUAUCAUCAGAUGAAAUCAGGCAGCUAGGGAAGCGGAGCGGCUGGUGCUUCCAGCCGUCCAGGCGGACGCACAAGUCAAUAAAGUUGCCGAAAACUUCAUCGU